AUGCAAACAACAAGCGACAUGUCCCUUAUGAACGGUUUUUUACCAGUUCCCUCAUUUGAUACAACCACGACUCCAUCGUCUCCUCAGAUAGUCACUUCAACCGAUGCAGAAGAAACCCUUCCGAAGACUUCUCAAGAAAGUAAAUGGGCUCAAUUGUUGGACAGAGUUUUUGAAGAUGCAAAAUUCAUGACUUUGGAACAACGUCAUCAGCAAAUCUAUCCAUAUUUUAUGCAGUUUUGUGCUAAUGUUGAUGUGGAUCGCUUUAAUGAGAGUUAUUUGUCUAACGCUCGUAUUGAUGGAUCUUCUACAAAACGAAAUUUAUCAUCCAUUGUUGAAGCUGCGGGCAUGGAAGACAAUUCAUCUUCCGAUGUUGGAUCUUCACCAUCGAAAAAAAAAAGAAAAAAAAAAGACAAACCUAAGGAUGAUAAAAAGAUGAAAGAGUGGUCAGAAAAGAUACGACAAAUUGCGGAUGAAGGCUUACCAUCGCUAACAGAUUUACAGGAUAUUGAAAAGAACUUCUCAGAAGGAAAGCAAAAACACAUUUCUAUUAAUUACAGAUUUAUCACAGAGAAGAAGGAGAAUCAUUCAGAACAAGUGAGACACACGUACAAAAACUUUUUUGAUCGAUAUCCUAAAUUAUUUUACUUUUUCUCGUACUGGACGUUGAAUGGCAAAUUCAAGAUUAUUAAGAGCGUGUUUGACGAGUCACCAGAUCUUUAUAAGAAGUGUGUCACAGACAUUCCAGAUGAAUACAAAAAGAUUUGGAUCACUCAAUAA